AUGCCUGGCGUCUUCGUGAUGCAUGGCAAAAUCAACGACUUUUUUCCUCAAAGAUCUCUUCUAAGAUAUAUCUUGUGGAUCACGGUUCUUAAUUCUGCUUUCAUAAAAGGAGGUGAGCUCUUUUUGUCUUGUUUCGUUCUCCUCCUAAGUGAAGUAUAUACUACGAAAAACAAAUAGCAAUGUCAAUUUCCAAAAAACUAAACGGUGUUAACUAUAACAGCCUGCUGAAAACGCAUGGGGUAGUAAGAUCAAUUACAAGUUUAAAAAACAAAAAGAAAAAAAAAGCGGGAAGAAAAUUCACUUUAUAGGGGUAUAAUGACUUGACAUUACAACAUAUUGCGACAAAGCCUUGCCAACAAGGUUCAAUGUAAACACUUCAUUUGUGUGUCGUUAUGGCUUUAUUAUUUGUUUCAGGCAUCUGAAUUGACCCGAACGCUGUAUGGACCCUUAAUUGACUGUUUUCAGCUCUCUCUCUGAAGUUGUUUUUCGAAGUUGUGAUCACCAAUGCUGCUUAAAGAACAAAAGCAAAGUGCAAAAUUUACCCGAUGUAUUUUUGAAAAGAAGAACAAUAGAGAAGACUCUUUUUUCCUUGUAACCAUGGAAUUUGUAAAAGGAUUCAUAUACCCAAAAAGUAGAGCUUUUUAAUUCGAGGAAAACAUUCAUAUAUAUCUUCAAUCAGUAUUCCAACAAUCAGCAAUUACUCAAUUUGGCUAUCGUAUCGGAAAUACCAUGUAGAUCAAGGAGGGUGUAAACCUCGGACGUACACGCAAAUUCAUACCCCCUCCGUAGUACAAGAGGGGGGGGGGUGGAUGUAACCCCUCCCCUGAGUUUUUGAUAUGUUGCAGUAUUUUGAAACGAUUUUGCCUUUAGUGAAAAGCCUUUGAUCUUCUUAACAAGAAGAGGUAUAUUUUAUGGGUGGUGGCGCUGCUGGAGGCAUGUGACGUCACCAACAAUGGUCGCCAUCUUGGCCGCCAUCUUGGAUUUUACCAAGAAUUAGAAAUCAAGUUAAAACCGCAAGAAAUGGUACUUUUUUGUACUUUACAUGAAAAAUAACACAUAAAUAAGCACUUUGCAUGAUUUUAGCCAGGAGAUUUACUUUUAUUGUUGAAAAAAGUUGAAAAAACAUGUGUUUUCACCGACAAUUGGCCAACCUCGUCCCCAGGGCUUUUCCCUUAAAAAAUGGGUGGGGCGGGAAAAGGCCCUGGCAUCGGCUGGUCACGUGUCUCCUCGUACACCCUAAAAUCCUGGGUGUAAUAAAUUAGCGCUAUGUGAAAAGCUAAAAUUAUGCGUAAACUCACAGCGCGUGAUCGUGGGCGGCCUUUUAUUUCUCUUGACGAUUAACGAAAAAAUUUACAUGAUUUCCUUUUUGUCACAGAUACUGGCCAUGGUAAUUUUUUGCUUUCCUCCGAUUUCUAUGAAGGGGACAGCGAGUAACAUUUAUGAAACUUCUGAUUAUAGAGCGGUGUAAAUGACAAAGAAGCUACCGUACACGCAUGAAGUAUGUAGUGGACAAGUCCGCUUUCUCGACUCUUCUGAUAUUUUAUUUCAUUUCAGCCUAGUUCUAUUUACCUUAAUUCUCAGCCAUAUCAUAGCGACACGCGUUGGUUUAGACUUAUCCUGUAUGACCUGUAUUUUAAAAUAUUCAUUGACCUCUGCGAUCAAAUGACUGGCAACAAAGAAAGACCUGGGUCCAUUUAAAAUUGACAGAGCUGUAGUUGAUUCCAAUCGAUCAGUCAAUCUUCCCUUUGAUAUAAGGAAAAUCCUUAGUUUGUACUUAUCCUCGGAAGAGAAAAGAUAUUAGAGGUCUUCAAAUGUUUCUGCUUUCAGAUCGGCGACCUGUCAUCGUUCCUCGGCUGGAGGGCUGACUUGCAUCCGCCGAGGAGAUUUGUUUGUACCGUGGUCGGGUUGUAGAGAAGACCAGACUCCUAAAGCAUUUUGGUGAACAAUUCUAUUUAAAUUAUAAGUUCAAUUUGUUUAAAUUCACUGCAGAUCCUGUAGGCAAAGGCCCGCAUUUUUAUUUGACAUUGGACAAACUCACUCUCCGCUUGAUCGUACAGUUACUCUGUUACCUUGUUAGGUUGUUACCCUGUAAUCAAAGUGCAGGAUUCGAUCAUCUUGCCCAACUAGCCGAUAACAGCUUGUCUCAACUCUGAAGCACUUGUCAUAUUUUGUACGUGAGAACAUAGAGCCGGUACGCCCUUUCAUAAACCUGUAGCAUUUGAAUAAUGGGCAGUUAAAUGGAUCUUAAGAUUUGAAUCGCACACACGCGAAAAUAUUGACAUAGUCCGCGAUGUUAUUAUUUUCCAUUGUAAGUUACUCCCUUCUGUCAGCGCAAAACCAGCGGGUUGCAUAUAAAUUAGCUUCUCGGAAUAUUUAGGCUGUACACGUGACCAGCCGAUGCCAGGGCCUUUUCCCGCCCCACCCAUUUUUCAAGGGAAAAGCCCUGGGGACGAGGUUGACAAUUGGCUUGACCACCUGCUACUUAUGACCUCAUAUCUCGUAACCAUAGCAACUGACCAUCACUAAACUUGUCUCAAAAUGUGCGCGAGGGAUGAACAAACAGCUACUAAAAACGUCAGGUGCUGAUGUGUUAUCCUCUAGGAACAGGAGCCAACUACUUUGAAACUCCAUAUGUGCUGUACCCUUAAGUCAACCCAUUCCCGUAGAAAAUUAUUUUUAGAACAGGCUUUCCCGCAAGAUUAACGUGAUUUCGAGCACGUCCGCAUAUUUUCGUAGUGAGAAAAAAAUGGCAACGAAAGAGGGAAAUUUGUUCCACCACCGUAGCUCCUUCCUCCGUUCCUUCCCUUACAACCGAGGAAAGCUGCUUUCGAGUUAAUAUUAUAAGUAAUAUGUAAUCUGGCUUAAAAAGAUUGCUAUAUUUUAUUGCAACCCACGAGGUCGUGUUUGCUGCUCUAGCACUGUUCGGAUGUUUAAAUUUUGCUCGUAAUGUUGUACUGUCGUGUCUUCUGUGUCUUAUCUACCGCAACCUGGGACAGGACACUGUUUUGCAAUCACACUAAAAAUGAUGAUGCUACAAGAUGCUACAAGAUUUCUUGGCGGCAGUAAAUACUUGCAGACCUCAAAUAACUGCAAAAGGAAUAUGCAGGAGGACGUGACAUGACGAAACAUCUAAUUUCCGCUGUGAAUCCUCUGAGAACCUUUCUUUCAUUCAAGGAUUUUAAUCUUUUGAAGUCGCUAGCCCCAUCGGCUCACUCCUUUUUUACUUUUAUGACUGCUUGUUAUUUUCCUUGUUUCCACGUUACUUAGUUUCUUAGUAGCGAGAGAACAAUACCAGGCUCAUUCGGUAGAUUCUGUAUCGACAGUUGUUGUACUGUGUGAAUGAAACCCUCAGUAUGUUAAGUACACAACAGUAAAUUUCGCUUUUAAUUCGAUUUCAUUCCUGUUGUACAUCUCGUUUGUUUUGUUUGAUAUGUCCUCUUGAAAUAUUUGCCGUUGAGAUUGUAUGAUAUCAAAAGCCGUUUUCAUCCACAGCCACAUUAUAAUUUGGCUUAUAAAACGCGACCUAAGAUCUCGCACAAUUAUAGCCGCCGCGCAAGCGAAAGAUGCAGUCCGUGUUCGAUCUGUAACACAGUUGGAACAACAUACGUUUUACUUCAAAAUUAACUGUGGGUUGAUGCAGGGUGGUCCUUUGUGGAAUUAGUAAAAAGCUCCAAAGCAUUGUACAAGUGAGUUAACCAGUAACGUAAAGUAACUAAAGAGCUUGAUUUUCAAUAUUUAUUUACCCGCUGUCGAGGGCCGGGACUGGGUUGUUCGUGAUAAAACUUAUGAUAUGCAGCCAACUGUCAAGAUUACAAGCAAACCUGAAGACGUCGCAUGAGUGUAUCACCUUUUUCUUUUCGCUAUUAGGCUUUAAGCGGAUUUUUUUAACCCUAUAGAAUCAGAUAACUCUUCCACGCUGGCUACCGUCAUUGUUGGCAGCAAUUCAAAUCGCGCUCCUGUGACUCAACGUGUGACGUAUGAUCAUAGCUCUGCUCUGAUUGGAUAUUACUAAGAAGGCGUGAAAAAUAUUCCGCGAAAGCUAUUGCUAUAAAGAACUUCACACAUUAGAAACAAACUAAAACAUGUUUACCGCGAACAAUGUAAAAUUAUCGUCACCAGUUGCCUGUUCCUCGGCUAAUUCGUGAAGUACUAUAGAUAAUCUUCAAAUUGUAGUUUUCAUCCGUUGAGUUGUAUAUUUAUGCUGUUCUUUUUUCAGUUUUAUGAAAAAGCUUGGCUAUCCCUUCCUCGCUAAACGUUUGAGAUUUUCCACCAUUUUCUACCAUAUUACUGAAGUAAACUAAUUCAACCGUCCCCAGGACUUAUUUGUUGCCGUCCCCUGUUCGAAACUAUUGAUGUCAUUUUAUCGGAUGCCGCAAGUAUCUUCCAAAUUUGGAAAAAUAUUGUGAAUAAAUAAACGCGCUUUCAUAUGGAUCAUACGUCUCGCUUUAAAAUAUGGCUUUUUUUUGUUCCAGAUUACUGUCGACAAAUUCAGUUUAAAGAGCAAAUGGAAAAUAAAGUUCUAAGAAAUCACGUAAUUAAACGUUCUCAAGACGUUGGAAUCGAUGGCUGCGAGUUACAGUGCUACUUGGAGCCAAACUGUGUAUCAUACAACUAUGGUCCAUCACUUUGUGAACUUAAUGAUAUCACACACCUUCAAGCCCCGUCAAAUGAUAUGGAAACUCGAGAUGGAUGUAUAUAUCGUGCAGUAUUUCGUGUAAGCUUGAUAUUGUUGAACAUAUUUCAUUUGGAGAUUUCAUCUGAUUAUGAUUAUGAUUAUGAUUAUUUAUUAUUAUUAUUAUUUAUCAGCUUAAUUUUAUUUUUCUAUUUUUUUUUCAGAAACCCUGUCUAAGUAGUCCUUGUUUCAACGGCGCAACCUGUCAAACAGGAUUUAGCGAACAAGGAUACCGAUGUGUUUGUAUCACAGGUUACCAUGGUAAUAAAUGUGAAUUAGGUAAGACUUCGUGCUUCUGUUUGCAUAUGUAGGGUACAAUCUAAAAGAAAAGGUUAUCAGGCAUUAGCGAAUAUCAAAUAUAACAAAAAAUAAAUAAAUAAAUAAAUAAAUCCAUAAUGAUAUAUAUCGUGUAGUUUCCAUUUAUUACCAGAUAUCGAUGAAUGUACAACACAGACUCACGACUGUUCUUCAAAUGGCAUUUGCACUAAUGUGGAGGGAUCCUUUCAGUGUGAAUGUCAACCAGGAUUUACAGGGGAUGGAAAAACAUGCGAGGGUAGGUCAAAAACAAAAUAACUAGCGAGAAGCGGUUUUUCGCGCUUUUUUUCGAUCCGUUUUCCCCACUAUCUUCGAGCCUGGAACAGGCUAAGACGAGCCCCUAUCCUAAGCUUUUGAUGUAAUAGGUUGUUGUGAGGAUAACGAACAGUUGCUUACUUCACUGGUCAUCAUUUCGCAGCAAAACUUCAGCAAAAUUAAUUUAUAAAUAGUUCAGGAAAUAGAAAUCAAUGACGAGAUCACAUAGUUUGUCUUUGUGACCAUCCAUAGAUAUCGACGAAUGUACAACACAGUCAUGAAAAAAACAACCAAAAUAACAAACUUGACUUAAGAAUAACUACUGUGACCUUUAGCGGUGUUCAUUUCAAUCAUCCGUGGAUAACCUUUUUUGUAGCCUGCGUAGCUGGCGGUAUUGUGUGGGUGCGAGAUUAAUGCGGCGGAGCCGUGUUCCAAAAAAAGGGAAUAGGGACGAGGCGGUUGAAAUACCGCCUGCCAGAAAACCCCGGUAUUUUCAACCUCGUCCCCAGGGCUUUUCCCUUAAAAAAUGGGUAGAGCCCACCAUUUUUUAAGGGAAAAGCCCUGGGCACGAGGUUGCGGUAUUUUGAAAAGUCCGCACACCAGUGUGCGGGGAAACGAAUUGGUCGAGAGCCAUACAUAUGUCAAUCAUAUUAGAUGAGCCUUCGCAUGUAUUUCCCAAUUUUAAUAGAGAGCAGAUGGCAAACUGAAAAAGACGCACAUGUAAAGUGAUUGGGAUAGUGAUUUCCGCUUUAAAAAGAAUAAAAUUGAUGACCAAAUUGCCGAAAUGGUGUCUUUAAACUUCACAGCGCUGGAACUCUCUUUAUUUAGCCGUAAGAAACAAAGGUCAAAGAAAAUUAAAACACCAUACAAUUGCAUCUGAGAUCAAAUCCUAUCAGGAACACCUACAGAAGAAUAAACCACGGGAAAUGGUUACUCUGUAUGUAACAAACCAGCUUCAUGACCUUUUAAUGUUAAGCCUGGUGUUGCAAAGAAAGAUUUACUCAGUCAAAGUUUAGAAUGAUACAUGCACUGUGUAACUAGUAACCUUCGCGCGAGAGCCGAGAAAAUAAAAAAAACCUCUGUUCAAGCAAACUCACAAGGUCACGUUUCCUAUACAUUAUCACGAGCUUAGGAGUCGUGUUUAGCCUGUCAACGCUUAUUUCUAAACGGUCUCGCGCGAAAAUAAUCGGAAGUUUCAAAUUGCAGGUUUCUCCUUGACUGGCUGAUUUAAUUGCGAUCAGCUAAGGUGACUAAAGUGGGCGGCAUUCGAAAAAUCAUGGUUCUCUGGCAGGUGGUAUUUCUCCCGGCUUGGCCGCUCGUGACGGCUCCGCCGUCAAAUCUCACUCGACUAUACUACAACGGCUCCGCCGCCAAAUCUCACUCGACUACUAUACAAUACCGCCAGCUACGCAGGCUACCUUUUUUGAGAAAGUAAUUCAGCAAAAAACACACACACACAAAAGUGACGUUUUCAUAUAUAUGUUUUCCGUUCGCAUUCUUGCGAUUCUCGAAAGGUUAAAAUAUGGAUUGAAUAUCACUAUCCAUGAAGACGGGAGGAAAAAAAUGUAAUCAGCAUAUGCGAAUAUCAAACGUAACAGAAAAAAAAAAAAUAAAUAAAAAAAUCCAUAAUGAUAUAUUUCGUGUAGCUUCCAUUUAUUACUAGAUAUCGAUGAAUGUACAACACAGACUCACGACUGCUCUUCAAAUGGCAUUUGCACUAAUGUGGAGGGAUCCUUUCAGUGUGAAUGUCAACCAGGAUUUACAGGGGAUGGAAAAACAUGCGAGGGUAGGUCAAAAACAAAAUAACUAGCGAGAAGCGGUUUUUCGCGCUUUUUUUUUCGAUCCGUUUUCCCCACUAUCUUGGAGCCUGGAACAGGCUAAAACCAGCCCCUAUCCUAAGCUUUUGAUCUAAAAGGUUGUUGUGAGGAUAGCGAACAGUUCCUUACUUCACUGGUCAUCAUUUCGCAGCACAACUUGAGCAAAAUUAAUUUAUAAAUAGUUCAGGAAAUAGAAAUCAAUGACGAGAUCUCAUAGUUUGUCUCUGUGACCAUCCAUACAUAUCGACGAAUGUACAACACAGUCAUAAUAAAAACAAACAAACUAACAAACUUGAUUUAAGAAUAACGACUAUCACCUUUAUAGGUGUUCAUUUCAAUCAUCCGUGGAUAACCGCAAGCUUUUUUGAGCAAGUAAUUCAGCAAAAAACGUACACACACAAAAGUGACGUUUUCAUAUAUAUGUUUUCCGUUCGCAUUCCUGCGAUUAUCGAGAGGGUAAAAUAUGGAUUAAAUAUCACUAUCCAUGAAUACGGGAGAAAAAAAGUGUUAUCAAGCAUUUGCGAAUAUCAAACGUAACGGAAAAAAAUAAAUAAAUAAUAAAAUCCAUAAUGAUAUAUAUCGUGUAGUUUCCAUUUAUUACCAGAUAUCGAUGAAUGUACAACACAGACUCACGACUGUUCUUCAAAUGGCAUUUGCACUAAUGUGGAGGGAUCCUUUCAGUGUGAAUGUCAACCAGGAUUUACAGGGGAUGGAAAAACAUGCGAGGGUAGGUCAAAAACAAAAUAACUAGCGAGAAGCGGUUUUUCGCGCUUUUUUUCGAUCCGUUUUCCCCACUAUCUUGGAGCCUGGAACAGGCUAAGAGGAGCCCCUAUCCUAAGCUUUUGAUGUAAAAGGUUGUUGUGAGGAUAGCGAACAGUUGCUUACUUCACUGGUCAUCAUUUCGCAGCAAAACCUGAGCAAAAUUAAUUUAUAAAUAGUUCAGGAAAUAGAAAUCAAUGACGAGAUCACAUAGUUUGUCUUUGUGACCAUCCAUAGAUAUCGACGAAUUUACAACAGAGUCAUGAAAAAAAACAACCAAACUAACAAACUUGACUUAAGAAUAACUACUGUGACCUUUAUCGGUGUUCAUUUCAAUCAUCCGUGGAUAACCUUUUUUGUAGCCUGCGUAGCUGGCGGUAUUGUGUGGGUGCGAAAUUAAUGCGGCGGAGCCGUGUUCCAAAAAAAGGGAAUGGGGACGAGGCGGUUGAAAUACCGCCUGCCAAAAAACCGCGGUAUUUUGAAUAGUCCGCACACCAGUGUGCGGGGAAACGGAUUGGUCGAGAGCCAUGCAUAUGUCAAUCAUGUUAGAUGAGCCUUCGCAUGUAUUUCCCAAUUUUAAUAGAGAGCAGAUGGCAAACUGAAAAGACGUACAUGUAAAGUGAUUGGGAUAGUGAUUUCCGCUUUAAAAAGAAUAAAAUUGAUGACCAAAUUGCCGAAAUGGUGUCUUUAAACUUCACAGCGCUGGAACUCUCUUUAUUUAGCCGUAAGAAACAAAGGUCAAAGAAAAUUAAAACACCAUACAACUGCAUCUGAGAUCAAAUCCUAUCAGGAACACCUACAGAAGAAUAAACCACGGGAAAUGGUUACUCAGUAUGUAACAAACCAGCUUCAUGACCUUUUGAUGUUAAGCCUGGUGUUGCAAAAAAAGAUUUACUCAGUCAAAGUUUAGAAUGAUACAUGCACUGUGUAUCUAGUAACCUUCGCGCGAGAGCCGAGAAAAUAAAAAAACCUCUGUUCAAGCAAACUCACAACUUCACGUUUCCUAUACAUUAUCACGAGCUUAGGAGUCGUGUUUAGCCUGUCAACGCUUAUUUCUAAACGGUCUCGCGCGAAAAUAAUCGGAAGUUUCAAAUUGCAGGUUUCUCCAUGACUGGCUGAUUUAAUUGCGAUCAGCUAAGGUGACAAAAGUGGGCGGCAUUCGAAAAAUCAUGGUUCUCUUGCAGGCGGUAUUUCUCGCGGCUUGGCCGCUCGUGACGGCUCUGCCAUCAAAUCUCACUCGACUAUACUACAACGGCUCCGCCGCCAAAUCUCACUCGACUACUAUACAAUACCGCCAGCUACACAGGCUACCUUUUCUGAGAAAGUAAUUCAGCAAAAAACACACCCACAAAACUCACGUUUCCAUAUAUAUGUUUUCCGUUCGCAUUCUUGCGAUUAUCGAAAGGUUAAAAUAUGGAUUAAAUAUCACUAUCCAUAAAUACGGGAGGAAAAAAGUGUUAUCAAGCAUUUGCGAAUAUCAAACGUAACGGAAAAAAAUAAAUAAAUAAAAAAUCCAUAAUGAUAAUUAUAUCGUGUAGCUUCCAUUUAUUACUAGAUAUCAAUGAAUGUACAACACAGACUCACGACUGCUCUUCAAAUGGCAUUUGCACUAAUGUGGAGGGAUCCUUUCAGUGUGAAUGUCAACCAGGAUUUACAGGGGAUGGAAAAACAUGCGAGGGUAGGUCAAAAACAAAAUAACUAGCUAGAAGCGGUUUUUCCAGCUUUUUUUUCGAUCCGUUUUCCCCACUAUCUUGGAGCCUGGAACAGGCUAAGACGAGCCCCUAUCCUAAGCUUUUGAUCUAAAAGGUUGUUGUGAGGAUAACAAACAGUUCCUUACUUCACUGGUCAUCAUUUCGCAGCAAAACUUGAGCAAGAUUAAUUCAUAAAUAGUUCAAGAAAUAGAAAUCAAUAACGAGAUCACAUAGUUUGUCUUUGUGACCAUCCAUAGAUAUCGACGAAUAUCCAACAUAGUCAUGAUAAAAACAAACAAACUAACAAACUUCAUUUAAGAAUAACUACUAUGACCUUUAUCGGUGUUCAUUUCAAGCAUCCGUGGAUAACCUUUUUCGAGAAAGUACCGUAAAAUUCCGAAAAUAAGCCCCUUCAUCUAUAAGCCCCUCCAAAUAUAAGCGCCCCAAACUGCUGACGCAAAAACCCCUCCGUUAAAUCGCCCCUCCAAAUAUAAGCCCCUCGGGGGCUUGUACUUGUAAAAUUGCCCUCAAAGACAAAGUAAAACAAAUCAAAAAGGGUAAAUUUACUUCCAACUAUACAGCUAGCCCAAUCGAUUUUGAAACGCAAAUUUCCCUCCGUAGAUAAGCCCCUCCGAAUAUAAGCCCCUGCAAAAAUAAGCCCCUCAAAAAGGGCCUUUGAAAAAUGUGAGCCCCGGGGCUUAUUUUCGGAAUUUUACGGCAAUUCAGCAAAAAACACACACACACAAAAGUGACGUUUUCAUAUAUAUGUUUUCCGUUCGCAUUCUUGCGAUUCUCGAAAGGUUAAAAUAUGGAUUGAAUAUCACUAUCCAUGAAGACGGGAGGAAAAAAGUGUAAUCAGCAUAUGCGAAUAUCAAACGUAACAGAAAAAAAAAAAAUAAAUAAAAAAAUCCAUAAUGAUAUAUUUCGUGUUGCUUCCAUUUAUUACUAGAUAUCGAUGAAUGUACAACACAGACUCACGACUGCUCUUCAAAUGGCAUUUGUAAUAAUGUGGAGGGAUCCUUUCAGUGUGAAUGUCAACCAGGAUUUACAGGGGAUGGAAAAACAUGCGAGGGUAGGUCAAAAACAAAAUAACUAGCGAGAAGCGGUUUUUCCGGCUUUUUUUUUUCGAUCCGUUUUCCCCACUAUCUUGGAGCCUGGAACAGGCUAAAACCAGCCCCUAUCCUAAGCUUUUGAUCUAAAAGGUUGUUGUGAGGAUAGCGAACAGUUCCUUACUUCACUGGUCAUCAUUUCGCAGCACAACUUGAGCAAAAUUAAUUUAUAAGUAGUUCAGGAAAUAGAAAUCAAUGACGAGAUCUCAUAGUUUGUCUCUGUGACCAUCCAUACAUAUCGACGAAUGUACAACACAGUCAUAAUAAAAACAAACAAACUAACAAACUUGAUUUAAGAAUAACGACUAUCACCUUUAUAGGUGUUCAUUUCAAUCAUCCGUGGAUAACCGCAAGCUUUUUUGAGCAAGUAAUUCAGCAAAAAACGAACACACACAAAAGUGACGUUUUCAUAUAUAUGUUUUCCGUUCGCAUUCCUGCGAUUAUCGAGAGGGUAAAAUAUGGAUUAAAUAUCACUAUCCAUGAAUACGGGAGAAAAAAAGUGUUAUCAAGCAUUUGCGAAUAUAAAACGUAACGGAAAAAAAUAAAUAUAUAAAAAAAUCCAUAAUGAUAUAUAUCGUGUAGUUUCCAUUUAUUACCAGAUAUCGAUGAAUGUACAACACAGACUCACGACUGUUCUUCAAAUGGCAUUUGCACUAAUGUGGAGGGAUCCUUUCAGUGUGAAUGUCAACCAGGAUUUACAGGGGAUGGAAAAACAUGCGAGGGUAGGUCAAAAACAAAAUAACUAGCGAGAAGCGGUUUUUCGCGCUUUUUUUCGAUCCGUUUUCCCCACUAUCUUGGAGCCUGGAACAGGCUAAGAGGAGCCCCUAUCCUAAGCUUUUGAUGUAAAAGGUUGUUGUGAGGAUAACGAACAGUUCCUUACUUCACUGGUCAUCAUUUCGCAGCAAAACUUCAGCAAAAUAAUUUUAUAAAUAGUUCAGGAAAUAGAAAUCAAUGACGUGAUCACAUAGUUUGUCUUUGUAACCAUCCAUAGAUAUCGACGAAUUUACAACAGAGUCAUGAAAAAAAACAACCAAACUAACAAACUUGACUUAAGAAUAACUACUGUGACCUUUAUCGGUGUUCAUUUCAAUCAUCCGUGGAUAACCUUUUUUGUAGCCUGCGUAGCUGGCGGUAUUGUGUGGGUGCGAAAUGAAUGCGGCGGAGCCGUGUUCCAAAAAAAGGGAAUAGGGACGAGGCGGUUGAAAUACCGCCUGCCAAAAAACCGCGGUAUUUUGAAUAGUCCGCACACCAGUGUGCGGGGAAACGGAUUGGUCGAGAGCCAUGCAUAUGUCAAUCAUGUUAGAUGAGCCUUCGCAUGUAUUUCCCAAUUUUAAUAGAGAGCAGAUGGCAAACUGAAAAAGACGUACAUGUAAAGUGAUUGGGAUAGUGAUUUCCGCUUUAAAAAGAAUAAAAUUGAUGACCAAAUUGCCGAAAUGGUGUCUUUAAACUUCACAGCGCUGGAACUCUCUUUAUUUAGCCGUAAGAAACAAAGGUCAAAGAAAAUUAAAACACCAUACAACUGCAUCUGAGAUCAAAUCCUAUCAGGAACACCUACAGAAGAAUAAACCACGGGAAAUGGUUACUCAGUAUGUAACAAACCAGCUUCAUGACCUUUUAAUGUUAAUCCUGGUGUUGCAAAAAAAGAUUUACUCAGUCAAAGUUUAGAAUGAUACAUGCACUGUGUAUCUAGUAACCUUCGCGCGAGAGCCGAGAAAAUAAAAAAACCUCUGUUCAAGCAAACUCACAACUUCACGUUUCCUAUACAUUAUCACGAGCUUAGGAGUCGUGUUUAGCCUGUCAACGCUUAUUUCUAAACGGUCUCGCGCGAAAAUAAUCGGAAGUUUCAAAUUGCAGGUUUCUCCUUGACUGGCUGAUUUAAUUGCGAUCAGCUAAGGUGACAAAAGUGGGCGGCAUUCGAAAAAUCAUGGUUCUCUUGCAGGCGGUAUUUCUCGCGGCUUGGCCGCUCGUGACGGCUCUGCCGUCAAAUCUCACUCGACUACUAUACAAUACCGCCAGCUACACAGGCUACCUUUUCUGAGAAAGUAAUUCAGCAAAAAACACACCCACAAAACUCACGUUUCCAUAUAUAUGUUUUCCGUUCGCAUUCUUGCGAUUAUCGAAAGGUUAAAAUAUGGAUUAAAUAUCACUAUCCAUAAAUACGGGAGGAAAAAAGUGUUAUCAAGCAUUUGCGAAUAUCAAACCUAACGGAAAAAAAUAAAUAAAUAAAAAAAUCCAUAAUGAUAAUUAUAUCGUGUAGCUUCCAUUUAUUACUAGAUAUCAAUGAAUGUACAACACAGACUCACGACUGCUCUUCAAAUGGCAUUUGCACUAAUGUGGAGGGAUCCUUUCAGUGUGAAUGUCAACCAGGAUUUACAGGGGAUGGAAAAACAUGCGAGGGUAGGUCAAAAACAAAAUAACUAGCGAGAAGCGGUUUUUUGCGUUUUUUUCGAUCCGUUUCCCCCACUAUCUUGGAGCCUGGAACAGGCUAAAACCAGCCCCUAUCCAAGCUUUUGAUCUAACAGGUUGUUGUGAGGAUAACGAACAGUUCCAUACUUCACUGGCCAUCUUUUCGCAGGAAAACUUGAGCAAAAUUAAUUUAUAAAUAGUUCAGGAAAUAGAAAUUAAUGACGAGAUCAAAUAGUUUGUCUUUGUGACCAUCCAUAGAUAUCGACGAAUAUACAACACAGUCAUGAAAAAAAAACAAACAAACUAAAAAACUUAAAUUUAAGAAUAAUUACCGUGACCUUUAUCGGUGUUCAUUUGAAUCAUCCGUGUAUAACCUUUUUUGAGAAAGCAAUUCAGCAAAAAACACACACGCACAAUGUUACCAAUGGUACCAUUGGUACCAAUGGAAAAGCACCCUAUUCCAAUGGUUUUGUUGGUGAAUAUGCAUCUCAUUAAGGAGACUUAGAUUAUUUUCUCAUGUGGUCUAGCUGGGUACAGAGCAAUUACAAUGGUCCAUUGCUACCAAUGGUACGAUUGGUACCAAUAGAAAAGCACCCUAUUCCAAUGGUUCUGUUGGUGAAUAUGCAUCUCAUUAAGGGGACUUAGAUUAUUUGCUCAUGUGGUCUAGCUGGGUACAGGGCAAUUCCAAUGGUCCAUUGGUACCAAUGGUACGGUUGGUACCAAUAGAAAAGCAUCCUAUUCCAAUGGUUCUAUUGGUGAAUAUGCAUCUCAUUAAGCAGACUUAGAUUAUUUUCCCAUGUGACCUGGUUGGGUACAGGGCAAUUCCAAUGGUCCAUUGGUACCAUUGGUACGAUUGGUACCAAUGGAAAAGCACCCUAUUCCAACGGUUUUGUUGGUGAAUAUGCAUCUCAUUAAGGAGACUUAGAUUAUUUUCUCAUGUGGUCUAGCUGGGUACAGAGCAAUUCCAAUGGUCCAUUGGCACCAAUGGUACGAUUGGUACCAAUAGAAAAGCACCCUAUUCCAAUGGUUCUAUUGGUGAAUAUGCAUCGCAUUAAGGGGACUUAGAUUAUUUGCUCGUGUGGUCUGGCUGGGUACAGGGCAAUUCCAAUGGUCCAUUGGUACCAAUGGUACGAUUGGUACCAAUGAAAAAGCACCCUAUUCCAAUGGUUCUAUUGGUGAAUAUGCAUCUCAUUAAGAGGACUUAGAUUAUUUUCCCAUGUGACCUGGUUGGGUACAGGGCAAUUCCAAUGGUCCAUUGGUACCAAUGGAAAUGCACCCUAUUCCAAUGGUUCUAUUGGUGAAUAUGCAUCUCAUUAAGGGGACUUAGAUUAUUUUCCCAUGUGACCUGGCUGGGUACAGGGCAAUUCCGAUGGUCCAAUGGUACCAAUGGUGCGAUUGGUACCAAUGGAAAAUCAUGCCAUUCCAAUGGUUCUAUUGGUGAAUAUGCUUCUCAUUAAGGGGACUUAGAUUAUUUUCUCAUGUGGUCUAGCUGGGUACAGGGCAAUUUCAAUGGUCCAUUGGUACCAAUGGUACUAUUGGUACCAAUAGAAAAGCACCCUAUUCCAAUGGUUCUAUUGGUGAAUAUGCAUCUCAUUUAAAGAGUUAGAUUAUUUUCUCAAGCGGUCUAACUGGGUACAAGGCAAUUCCAAUGGUCCAUUGGUACCAAUGGUACGAAUGGUACCAAUGAAGAAGCACCCUAUUCCAAUGGUUCUAUUGGUGAAUAUGCUUUUCAUUAAGGGGACUGAGAUUAUUUUCUCAUGUGGUCUAGCUGGGUACAGGGCAAUUCCAAUGGUCCAUUGGCACCAAUGGUACUAUUGGUACCAAUAGAAAAGCACCCUAUUCCAAUGGUUCUAUUGGUGAAUAUGCUUUUCAUUAAGGGGACUGAGAUUAUUUUCUUAUGUGGUCUAGCUGGGUACAGGGCAAUUCCAAUGGUCCAUUGGCACCAAUGGUACUAUUGGUACCAAUAGAAAAGCACCCUAUUCCAAUGGUUCUAUUGGUGAAUAUGCAUCUCAUUAAGAGAGUUAGAUUAUUUUCUCAAGCGGUCUAACUGGGUACAGGGCAAUUCCAAUGGUCCAUUGGUACCAAUGGUACGAUUUGUACCAAUGGAAAAGCACCCUAUUCCAAUGGUUCUAUUGGUGAAUAUGCAUCUCAUUAAGGAGACAGAUUAUUUUCAGAUGUGGUCUGGCUGGGUACAGGGCAAUUCCAAUGGUCCAUUGGUACCAAUGGUACGAAUGGUACCAAUGGAAAAGCACCCUAUGCCAAUGGUUCUAUUGGUAAAUAUGCUUCUCAUUAAGGGGACUUAGAUUAUUUUCUCAUGUGGUCUAGCUGGGUACAGGGCAAUUCCAAUGGUCCAUUGGUACCAAUGGUACGAUUUGUACCAAUGGAAAAGCACCCUAUUCCAAUGGUUCUAUUGGUGAAUAUGCAUCUCAUUAAGGAGACUUAGAUUAUUUUCAGAUGUGGUCUGGCUGGGUACAGGGCAAUUCCAAUGGUCCAUUGGUACCAAUGGUACGAAUGGUACCAAUGGAAAAGCACCCUAUUCCAAUGGUUCUAUUGGUGAAUAUGCUUCUCAUUAAGGGGACUUAGAUUAUUUUCUCAUGUGGUCUAGCUGGGUACAGAGCAAUUCCAAUGGUCCGUUGGUACCAAUGGUACGAUUGGUACCAAUAGAAAAGCACCCUAUUCCAAUGGUUCUAUUUUUGAAUAUGCAUCUCAUUAAGAGAGUUAGAUUAUUUGCUCAUGUGGUAUGGCUGGGUAAAGGGCAAUUCCAAUGGUCUAUUGGUACGAAUGGAACGAUUGGUACCAAUAGAAAAUGAUGUCAUUCCAGUGGUUCUAUUGGUGAAUAUGCAUCCAUUAAAAAAUAAAAAUCUCCGUCGAUUCAUAUGUUUAUGAGUGAUAAGGAGACAUUCAAACUUCUGCUGUUUUUCCACGGCAACGGAUGCAAUCCUUUUACUUGGUGUAAAAGCGAACUUGUUUUGCGUGAUUGGGAUAUAGAACGAGGAAUAUUCAUAAGAAUUAUUAGCACGUUUUUACUUGGUUUUAAAGCGAACUUGUUUUGCAUGGUUGGCUUAUAGAACGAGGAAUAUUCGUAAGAAUCAUAGCGCGCUUUUACUUGGUGUAAAAGCGAACUUGGUUUGCGUGAUUGGGAUAUAGAACGAGGAAUAUUCAUAAGAAUUAUAGCGCGCUUUUACUUGAUGUAAAAGCGAACUUGUUUUGCGUGGUUUUCUUAUAGAACGAGGAACGUUCAUAAUAAUUAUUAGCGCGUUUUCACUUGGUGUAAAAGUGAACUUGUUUUGCACCAAUAGAACCAUUGGAAUGGCAUGAUUUUCCAUUGGUGCCAAUCGCACCAUUGGUACCAAUGGACCAUCGGAAUUGCCCUGUACCCAGCCAGGUCACAUGGGAAAAUAAUCUAAGUCCCCUUAAUGAGAUGCAUAUUCACCAAUAGAACCAUUGGAAUAGGGUGCUUUUCCAUUGGUACCAAUGGACCAUUGGAAUUGCCCUGUACCCAGCCAGGUCACAUGGGAAAAUAAUCUAAGUCCCCUUAAUGAGAUGCAUAUUCACCAAUAGAACCAUUGGAAUAGGGUGCUUUUCCAUUGGUACCAAUCGUACCAUUGGUACCGAUGGACCAUUGGAAUUGCCCUGUACCCAACCAGGUCACAUGGGAAAAUAAUCUAAGUCCCCUUAAUGAGAUGCAUAUUCACCAAUAGAACCAUUGGAAUAGGGUGCUUUUCCAUUGGUACCAAUCGUACCAUUGGUACCAAUGGACCAUUGGAAUUGCCCUGUACCCAACCAGGUCACAUGGGAAAAUAAUGUAAGUCCCCUUAAUUAGAUGCAUAUGCACCAACAGAACCAUUGGAAUAGGGUGCUUUUCUAUUGGUACCAAUCGUACCAUUGGCACCAAUGGACCAUCAGUUUGACGAAUCGUAUCCGUUUGUGUUUAUUGGACAUGCGUGAAAAGAAGUACAUGUAAAGUGAUUGGGAUAGUGAUUUCCGCUUUAAAAAGAAUAAAAUUGAUGACCAAAUUGCCGAAAUGGCGUCUUUAAACUUCACAGCGCUGGAACUUUCUUUAUUUAGCCGUAAGAAACAAAGGUCAAAGAAAAUUAAAACACCAUACAACUGCAUCUGAGAUCAAAUCCUAUCAGGAACACCUACAGAAGAAUAAACCACGGGAAAUGGUUACUCAGUAUGUAACAAACCAGCUUCAUGACCUUUUAAUGUUAAGCCUGGUUUUGCAAAAAAAGAUUUACUCAGUCAAAGUUUAGAAUGAUACAUGCACUGUGUAUCUAGUAACCUUCGCGCGAGAGCCGAGAAAAUAAAAAAACCUCUGUUCAAGCAAACUCACAACUUCACGUUUCCUAUACAUUAUCACGAGCUUAGGAGUCGUGUUUAGCCUGUCAACGCUUAUUUCUAAACGGUCUCGCGCGAAAAUAAUUGGAAGUUUCAAAUUUCAGGUUUCUCCUUGACUGGCUGAUUUAAUUGCGAUCAGCUAAGGUGACAAAAGUGGGCGGCAUUCGAAAAAUCAUGGUUCUCUUGCAGGCGGUAUUUCUCGCGGCUUGGCCGCUCGUGACGGCUCUGCCGUCAAAUCUCACUCGACUAUACUACAACGGCUCCGCCGCCAAAUCUCACUCGACUACUAUACAAUACCGCCAGCUACACAGGCUACCUUUUCUGAGAAAGUAAUUCAGCAAAAAACACACCCACAAAAGUGACGUUUUCAUAUAAAUGUUUUCCGUUCGCAUUCUUGCGAUUAUCAAAAGGUUAAAAUAUGGAUUAAAUAUCACUAUCCAUAAAUACGGGAGGAAAAAAGUGUUAUCAAGCAUUUACGAAUAUCAAACGUAACGGAAAAAAUAAAUAAAUAAAAAAAUCUAUAAUGAUAAUUACAUCGUGUAGCUUCCAUUUAUUACUAGAUAUCGAUGAAUGUACAACACAGACUCACGACUGCUCUUCAAAUGGCAUUUGCACUAAUGUGGAGGGAUCCUUUCAGUGUGAAUGUCAACCAGGAUUUACAGGGGAUGGAAAAACAUGCGAGGGUAGGUCAAAAACAAAAUAACUGGCGAGAAGUGGUUUUUUGCGCUUUUUUUCGAUCCGUUUCCCCCACUAUCUUAGAGCCUGGAACAGGCUAAAACCAGCCCCUAUCCUCAGCUUUUGAUGUAAAAAGUUGUUGUGAGGAUAACGAAGAGUUGCUUACUUCACAGGAAAUAGAAAUCAAUGACGAGAUCAAAUAGUUUGUCUUUGUAACCAUCCAUAGAUAUCGACGAAUAUACAACACAGUCAUGAAAAAAACAAACAAUCUAAAAAACUUAAAUUUAAGAACAACUAUUGUGACCUUUAUCGGUGUUCAUUUCAAUCAUCUGUGGAUAACCUUUUUUGAGAAAGUAAUUCAGCAAAAAACAGACACGCAGAAAAGUGACGUUUUCAUAUAUAUGUUUUCCGUUCGCAUUCUUGCGAUUAUCGAAUGGUUAAAUAUGGAUUGAAUAUCACUAUCCAUGAAUACGGGAGGAAAAAAGUGUUAUCAAUCAUUUGCGAAUAUCAAACGUAACGGAAAAAAAAUAAAUAAAUAAAAAAAUCCAUAAUGAUAUAUAUCGUGUAGUUUCCAUUUAUUACCAGAUAUCGAUGAAUGUACAACACAGACUCACGACUGCUCUUCAAAUGGCAUUUGCACUAAUGUGGAGGGAUCCUUUCAGUGUGAAUGUCAACAAGGAUUUACAGGGGAUGGAAAAACAUGCGAGGGUAGGUCAAAAACAAAAUAACUAGCGAGAAGCGGUUUUUCGCGCCUUUUUUUCGAUCCGUUUUCCCCACUAUCUUGGAGCCUGGAACAGGCUAAGACGAGCCCCUAUCCUAAGCUUUUGAUGUAAAAGGUUGUUUUGAGGAUAACGAACAGUUGCUUACUUCACUGGUCAUCAUUUCGCAGCAAAACUUGAGCAAAAUUAAUUUAUAAAUAGUUCAGGAAAUAGAAAUCAAUGACGAGAUCACAUAGUUUGUUUUUGUGACCAUCCAUAGAUAUCGACGAAUGCACAACAUAAAAAACAAAAUAAACUAAGAAACUUGAUUUAAGAAUAACUACUAUGACCUUUAUCGGUGUUCAUUGCAAUCAUCCGUGGAUAACCUUCUUUUGAGAAAGUAAUUGAGCAAAAAACACACACACACAAAAGUGACGUUUUCUUAUAUAUAUGUUUUCCGUUCGCAUUCUUGCGAUUAUCAAAAGGUUAAAAUAUGGAUGGAAUAUCACUAUCAAUGAAUACAGGAGGAAAAAAGGGGAGCGUACGUGAUUAUUUUUAACGUUUCAGAUUGACUCAAGUCCCCAGGCUAAAUCUACCUAUGAUAACUAUCUAGCGUUGACCAAUGUGGAAGGCGUUUUCGAACCCGUUUUUCAUCAAAUGCAAGAUAUCACCCGAAAAAAGGGGCCAACAAUUGUAAACACUCUCCUCGUCUAAAUGCUCUUCUCAAUUUUUUUUUUUUACAAUUCAGUUUAGAUAUUCUUAAACACGUCAAGUUUGGACUUGUUUUUUUUUUUUUAGUUAGAUAGUGGUUGAAGCCGCAGGUUUGGAGAAAGUUCUCUGAAAGCAAAACAAAUAAACAGAAACAAGCAAACAACAGGAACAAAUUAAAAACAAAACGAUGUAACGAGAACGCGGGGAAAACGAGCCACACUUUGAGGAGGUUCAUAACACUGCGCCACUAUAGAAACGAGAAGGUGACUGGGUCGAGUUGACUUUCGCAAAGGUCUUUGGGACUGUCACCAGGGCCAAUUCGAGACGAAGGCAUUCUCAGUAUAACGAUCCCAGAGACAAUUGUGCGAAAUUUCGACGCAAGUCACCUUCUCAUCACGAAUUGCUCCCCUUGAGGCAAAAAGUACAAUCCACAGCAGGUGAAAUUAGAAGCUAUGUGUAGGAAACUAAAGGGUAUUUAAAGUGUCUUGGAUCAAAGUGGGAAUUUCUUCAACAUAAAAUCUAUGUACUCGCUUGGAUGAAAAGCUUGCUUUCAGGAUAGCGGCAAAUAUACCACCGACGGUUAAUAAAGCUGUUCGAUCUUUCAAGCGAUGCUUUUGUUCUUGAAGUUAGCAUCUUAAGUAGACGUCUCAGCUACGUCUAAGGUGAUGAUACAAACUUUUCUUCUCCCUUAGUUUCUUGCUUCAAUAAUCCCAUCGGUGUUGCUGAUUCAAAUAUCAUCCUUAACAACCAAAUGACUGCUUCAACAAGGUAUUCUGGUCAUCCUGCUCAUCACGGUAGACUUCAUUACAGUAACAGUGCCUGGUGCGCUCAAAGCAGUUCCGGAAGUCAAGAUUGGCUUCGAAUUGAUCUGGGAACAACAUAUCAAAUAUGUGGUGCUGCUACCCAGGGUACUGGACACCAGGUAUACAACGAAUACGUAACGAAAUUCAAAUUGUCUUACUCCUCAGAUGGAAGCAGCUGGACUAUGUAUACUGGUACUGGAGGCUCAGAAACGGUAAGGUUAAAAGCACGAAAUUAAGGCCAAAAAUUUAUAAAUUGCACAAAUAUGGCAGAAUUUCGAGGCCUUUGCAAAAACGUUGCCCUAUUAGAUUUACUGAUUUCUUUCUGUGCCGUUCAAAGAAAAAAAAACAGUUUGUUGAGGGCUGUUCGCUUGAAAAGCAAUUUUUUUUCAGAUAAUCUCGGUCGGAAUUAAUUCUUUUGCAUGUAAAUAACCUUAAACAACAAUUAGAGAAGAAAGUUAAAUAAUCUGUGUUAAUACAGUUAUUGUAUUUUGUGUAUCCUGCUCCAUUAUUCAGUGGUUUCACCUGACAAAAGUCAGAAUCCUAUGACGUUUUACGGCCUAAACCAAAAAGCACCUUCUUGAAUCUGCCAUUUUGAAUCAAUGAAAUAUUUUCCAUGUUGCUUAAAACCCUUAUAAACUCGAAGUAAUAUCAUAGAACAUUUGAUCUGUGCUUAAAAGAGUGCUUAGGACCUCUGACUUCUGUCGAAAAUUGACCCAGCAUCUGCUUUUUGAUCCUUUUAAGAGGGUGCCAAUGGGCAAUACACCCAGGUGAAGACGACGUAUAUAAGAGAACUUGGAAAAGGUCUAGACCUAUUCAUGACCGGACAAAAAAAAAAAUUUAAGAUCUACAUUUGAAUUAUAAAAUCGUACCUUACUUUUUCUUAUUUUUUGGCUUAGGAAUUUCACAGAAAUGGGGGCAAAAAUACAGUCGAUGAACAGCUCUUGCCAUCGCCACUGUCCACACGCUACAUCCGCUUCCAUCCAACAGAUCAAUUUAGGUGGAACUGCCUCAGAGUGGAACUAUACGGCACAACGACUUCAAAAUAAUCAGCAGUCAUACACUUAGAAAACCCUUGAUUACCAACACACAGGCGGCCCAAAAUCGCCAUGUAAUCUUUUGUUAACCCUCGGACAUACACGCAAAUUGAUACCCCCACAAUGGUACAUACAAGAGGGGGGGUGAAUAGAACCAAUUCCCGGAAUUUUUGAUAUGUUGCAGUACACUGUAUUUUAAAGCGAUUUUACCUUUAGUGGAAAGCCUUUGAUCUUCUCAACAAGAUGAAGUAUGUUUUAGGGAUGGUGGCGCUGCUGAAGGCCUGUGACGUCACCAACAAUGGUCGUUAUCUUGGCCGCCAUCUUGGAUUUUACCAAGAAUUAAAAAACAGGUUAAAACCGCAAGAAAUGGUAAUAUUUUGUGCUUUACAUGAACAAUAA